GCGAUAACGAAGAAGCAAAAGUUGGCAUCUGGGCAUCGUUACUGGAAGAAGUUCAUGCAAAUGCAGAAAACAGACACAAGUCCUACGGAACAUGUGGAGCUUCGGCAGGCCCCCAACUUGUCAUAUUAGGCGGUGAACAGGUGGGAAAGACAAGACUAAUCACCAGUCUACGUGAGUCGGGUGAGGCUCCAUCGGGCGUUGGGCUCGAAUUUCAUUGCCUAACUUUAACGGACGAAAGUCGUGAAGAACCACUUCAACUCUGCAUCUGGUGUCUUGAUGGCGAUCCGGAACACAGCAAUUUGUUGAAGUUCGCUAUAACCAAAGCAAAUAUUUGGCAUACCAUGUUAGUUAUCUGCCUAGAUCUGUCGGACCCGUGGUCUCUCCUCAAUGAUCUACAAUUGUGGCUCAGUAUUAUUGAAAAACACGUGACCAGAUUGAAAUUGGAUCCUGGGGAAUUAGAGAUGCUCCAAAUUUCCGUUGAAGAUUAUUUCAAUAACUACAUCGAUCCUGGCGCCUCUGAAGAUCAGUCCCCUCCAAUCGGCCAAGAAAACGUUGCGUCGGUGACCGGCACACAUUCACUCAAUCGUGUUGCAAGUGUGUCCAUUCCGAUCAUAGGUGGUGCGGUUUCUGCCACUUCAGAGUGGCCGUACUCACCAUUGCAUCCGAUUAUGCAGAAAGAUGACGAUAGCCAAGCUGAGAACAAUAUCAUCCCAGGCAAUCCAUUUGGAAUCCCAGUACUGGUCGUUGUGACGAAGGCGGACGCUGGCGUCACGUUGGAGCGGGAGAACGGUUUCACUGAUGAACAUUUUGACGUGAUCCAAUACCAUUUGCGAAAGGCUUGCCUUCAAUAUCGCGCCGGUUUAGUGUACGUGUCGGCAAAGGAAGAAAUCAAUACGGAACUAUUGCGACGGUACCUGAAGCACCGGCUCUACGCUACACCGUUUCACACUUCGGCACUGAUGACUGAACCGACAGCCCUAUUCAUACCAUGUGGAUGGGACAAUGCACAUCGCAUUGAACUUCUCACGAGGAACCUACCAGAAAAAUGCCUCAAGGAGAAAUUUGUCACAAGUCUGCCACGACCGAAAACUAUUCGCGGAAAGGCAUUUUCAAAAGGUAAGAAACUUGGACCAGGUGGAACUCCAAUAGUUGAAGAACCCGUUCCACUGCAGACUGUGGAAGAUGAACAAACUUUUCUCGCCCGCAUACAGGUUCAGUUAGCUAACCUGAAUACCCCAGGCGUGGGUGCCACUAUACCUACUGAUGGGUCACAAUUGAAAACCUCAGAACAAACGGCAGUGCCAGGCAGCGGUCAGGCUGUGGGUUCUGGACCUCAUCCAUCCAACAUUUCCGAUAAGGAGGCCGUACUCAGCAGUUUUUUCAAUUCUCUGCUUACGCGCAAAAACCUAACCGAAACGUCGCCAACCUCAGCAAGUCCAGGCCACAGUCCGCAAAAGUCACUGCUGGGCCAAAAACCGAAUAGACCGUUGGGAGUGAGUCCAAGGUCACCCAGCCCUAGAGGACGCAGCCCGAAGGUGACACAAGCUGAUGCGCAGAAGUCAACACCAGGGAUGUCACCUGUGGACUGUGGCCAACAAAUGAAUACACCCUACUCUGUGGAGCAGGGCGUGACAGACGAGAAAACAGUGGAUUCAGUGAAAUCGGAAACAGAACUUAACGUGAAGCAAGAAAGUAAAACGGAACGCGAACCUAACACAGUGACGGCAAUCAUCGAUACGGUGAGAGAGGAGGCAGGCUUGUCGGACGAAACCAAGGUCCCAGUGUCCAAAGAAGAGGCGUUACCAGCGGAACAAUCAAGCAGCGUAGACCUAAGAGAAGAGCCCCAAGAAGGCGUGGAAGAAGGAACGGAGCUGACGGACACGGUGGAGGAGACAAUCAACAAGGUGACCACACAAGACGAGAAAUCGGAUAUAAUGACAGAGAAGGAAACUCCGCUUAACAGGAUGUCCGGCGAUGAAGCUGGCAUGGACGGUUCUCCAGGCGGUGACAACAUCAAAGAUGAAAUCGAAGAAGGGUUUGAAGACCAAACAGAAUCAGUGGAAACAGUGGAGGGGUUCAGCCCUCAUCAGACUGAACAAUCAGAUGAACAGAUCACGCACACAAACGCAGACGGAGAAGCGUCUUCCGACGACGUAGAGUUUGGGGUACCUGGAGGUGAGGAUGCCGGUGUUUACCCUCUUGGAGACGAGGCAAAGCCAUCGAUUACAGCUCAAACAGAGUCAGAGCACAUUGUCGACACCGUCCAGGAACAAAACAACGAGACCGGAGAGGAACAACAACCGUCGGAAGAGUAGGAGACGGUUGUGGGAAAUCGUUGACUAAUGGUG